CUGUUCUGGGAGAACCGGGUCACGUUGAGGAGUAGCCGCGGAGAAUUGUGGGAGAAAAAGGCUGGCUGCAGCCUGUUUCUCCUCUCUCCUCUCCGCCCCUUUUUUCCCUUUCCCCUCCCCCUCCCCCGCGCGUCCUCCGGCCAAGAUGUCUGACAUGGAGGAUGAUUUCAUGUGCGAUGAUGAGGAGGACUAUGACCUGGAAUAUUCUGAAGACAGCAACUCAGAACCGAAUGUAGAUUUGGAGAAUCAGUAUUACAACUCUAAAGCCCUGAAGGAAGAUGACCCCAAAGCAGCACUCAGCAGUUUUCAGAAGGUUUUGGAGCUUGAAGGUGAAAAGGGAGAAUGGGGAUUCAAAGCAUUAAAACAGAUGAUAAAAAUAAAUUUCAAAUUGACUAACUUUCCUGAAAUGAUGAACAGAUAUAAACAGCUAUUGACAUACAUAAGGAGUGCGGUUACAAGGAAUUAUUCUGAAAAAUCCAUCAAUUCUAUUCUGGAUUAUAUCUCCACUUCCAAGCAGAAUUCUGAUUUUUUAUGUCAGAUGGAUUUGCUUCAGGAAUUUUAUGAGACAACACUUGAAGCUCUGAAAGAUGCUAAAAAUGAUAGAUUGUGGUUUAAGACAAACACAAAGCUUGGUAAAUUAUAUUUAGAACGAGAAGAAUAUGGAAAACUACAGAAGAUUUUGCGCCAGCUCCAUCAGUCAUGUCAGACUGAUGAUGGAGAAGACGACCUUAAAAAAGGCACCCAGCUAUUGGAAAUCUAUGCUUUGGAAAUUCAAAUGUAUACAGCACAGAAAAAUAACAAAAAACUUAAAGCACUAUAUGAACAGUCAUUGCACAUCAAGUCUGCUAUCCCUCAUCCACUGAUCAUGGGGGUCAUCAGAGAAUGUGGUGGUAAAAUGCACCUAAGAGAAGGUGAAUUUGAAAAGGCACAUACUGAUUUUUUUGAAGCGUUCAAGAAUUAUGAUGAAUCAGGGAGUCCAAGAAGAACCACUUGCUUAAAAUAUUUGGUCCUAGCAAAUAUGUUGAUGAAGUCUGGAAUAAACCCAUUUGAUUCUCAGGAGGCAAAACCAUACAAAAAUGAUCCAGAGAUUCUAGCAAUGACAAAUUUAGUAAGUGCCUAUCAGAAUAAUGACAUCGCUGAAUUUGAGAAGAUUCUGAAGACAAAUCACAGUAACAUCAUGGACGAUCCCUUCAUAAGGGAACACAUUGAAGAACUUUUGCGAAACAUCCGAACACAAGUGCUUAUAAAAUUAAUUAAGCCUUACACAAGAAUACAUAUUCCUUUUAUUUCUAAGGAGUUAAACAUAGAUGUAGCUGAUGUGGAGAGCUUGCUUGUGCAGUGUAUACUGGAUAACACUAUUCAUGGCCGAAUUGAUCAAGUCAAUCAACUCCUUGAGCUGGAUCAUCAGAAGAGGGGUGGAGCACGGUAUACUGCAUUAGAUAAAUGGACCAACCAACUAAAUUCUCUGAAUCAGGCAGUAGUCAGCAAGCUGGCUUAGCCAACAACAGGCUAUUACAAAAUGUACUUAAGGCAACAGCGCAGUGAUGUAAACCUUAAAAACUGGGAAUGGCAAAACUACUGUCGGUUGGUGUGCCCUGAAAUUAUUGGAGUUAAUGGCAGAAGUGCUUUUUUGAUCAGCUGGUUUGUGUUUUGCUGCUGCAUUUAUCCCAAGAACAACAGCUUUAAUCUCCAGAAGAAAACCAAAUGCCAAGGGAUUUAUGCUGUAUUGACAUCUUGCCCUCACCAUGCAACACCCUAAUAAUUUGUCAAGGGGCAACUAAUGAUCAGAGCGAAGGUUUUGUUUGUCAUGAUUUUAAAUACACUGACACGUUCCUGUUGGUUUAAAUUUAAACAUAUUUUACCUGCAGAAAAAGAAAUCUCACAAAAAAUAACCUGCAAUAACUUGAAAUGCGUACCCUUUUGAACACUUCCUUUUUCUCAUGUAUAAAAUGAAAUGUUUGCUGCAUUUUGCAAAAUGUCAAUUCUCCAAAAAUGUGUCCGUAUAUUUCUGUACCUGCAGUGUAGUAAAGGUUUAGAAGAAACCCCUUAAUUAUGGUGGCAUACUGUCACUUAGGUUUCAAGCAGCAAAAAUAAACAGUGCAGUUCAGAAAUUGUA